AUGGGACGCCGGUUACACUGCAAGACUGCUCGCUUCUUGUGGGAGAAAGCCAGCCCCAAGCCUUGGAAGAAACGAUACAAGUAUCCGUACGAGUCGCAAAUGAAGAGGAGAAACAGCCCCAUCAACGUCAAGCUUCGCUGGGAAUCAAUAAAGGCCCAUGGAUUGGAGAAGAAGCCGUUCAAGAAGUUCAUGAGAUUGCCGAAGGAGCUGCAGCUAAAGAUCUGGAACAACGCCUUGAGCAAGCCGGGUAUUCACUUCUUUGCGGUCGUCGUAACUCCUCCCGACAAAGAGUGGAAUCCCAUGGAUCCACAUGCAUGGAAGCCUCCUUUCAUCCUCACGGACUGGCUAUGCGAGAAGAAGGGGGAAUUCCGAUGA